AUGGACUUCGACAGGCAGGUUUUCAAGACGCUGAGCAGAAGGUCCUAUGUAAGGUCUGAUAUAAGGAUGGCCCCCAAGCCUAGAGUCUCAAACUUCUACCUCAGGAAAAAAGACAAGUACGAGUAUGUAAGGCACAGGCUGAUCUCGAUGAAGCCAUACUUUCUUGAGCUCCUCGGAAUUGAGGACUUCAAGCCCGUGAACAAUGUGUCUGACUCCUCCUUCUACACAUAUGGGAUUAUAACGAAUCCCUUUGGACACAAGCUGGACUCCGAAAGCGUAUUUAUUGCAUCCAGCAUUGACGGAAGUAACGACGUUGCUGUAAGGUUGAACCUGGCACAUCUACAGAGGUACUCUGUGUUCCCGGGGCAGAUUGUUGCUGUCAAGGGAAAGAACACAGAUGGGGGCAAGAUGACUGUCGAGGCUCUCCACUGUAUACCUGUUGUUGAUAUCAAUGUUGCCAAGGAUGGCGAAGAAAAGAAGUACAUGCAGCCAACAAUUGUGGCAUUCUCAGGUCCCUAUGGGCCUGGGCCGGAGUUUGAUGCCCUCGACAGAGUUCUUGCGGAGGAUGCCGAUGUGCUGAUAUUGAUUGGGCCGUUUAUAGGUCCUAGGCAGUAUGGCGCAACCCAGUCUCCAGACUCGAUGAUGAAAGAGGUGUUUAUUCCAAGAAUAAGGGGAUGGCUGGAUAGAAAUGCUGGCAGCAAGGCCGUUCUUGUGCCUUCGACCAAUGACAUGACAUGCCUGAAUGUGUUUCCGCAGGGCCCGAUCGGAGUCAAUGAUGAGAGGAUUGUAUGCACAGGCAAUCCCUGCGAAUUCUUUGUGAACGAGAUUCUGGUGGCUAUCUCCUCGCUGGAUACGCCUCUCGAAAUAAGUUCUGAAGAAUGCUUCCAUGACUCUGGGAUGGAGUGCAGUGACGAUGCCUGCGGAAAGCUUCUCUUUGGAGGCGACCGACUGGGCAGAAUCUCGUACCACCUAAUCUUCCAGAGAACCUUUCUUCCAGUCUUUCCGUCCAUGAACGUUGUCUCGUAUUCGGUGCCUGAGAGCAUGUCCAUGGACACUGCGCCAGACAUCUAUAUUGUUGCUUCCAAGCUGAAGCACUUCUGCAGAGAUGUCGGGCCCUCUAUAGUAGUCAACAUAGGGUUGCAAGCGAAAGAGACGGAGAAGAUAGCGUGCCACAUAAGGCUUCCAGAGGCUGGAGAGAAGAAGAAGCCCACGGUGGAGUUUGUGGGGCACCCUGAUCCGGCAAGAAAUAGAAAAUAA